AUGUCAUCUCUCUUUAAAUAUUCUGCGGUUCUGCGGACCAUCAAGGCGCGUGAGCACUGUCAUAGAUUGAAGAGAGAGGAGAAGAAGGCAUUCAAGUGCAGAGAGACAGAUUACAAGACAUAUUAUAAUGUCUUAAAGAGGCUCUGUAAGAGACAGAAGCUGGCAGAGGAGAAGAGAAUUGAGACCUUGUUCAGGUCUCAAAUGCACUUCAUGAUUCAGAAUAUUGAGAAGACAGCCCUGCUCUCUGAGCAUGUCAAUCUGCUUGCUGCUGAGAUGAAACCUGAGACAGCAGAUCAGGAAAUGCAGGAUUUUGAGAUACAGGUUAAUCUGGCUGAGAGAGAGCAGUGA